AUGGCGUCCACAAACCCAAUUUUGCCCAAGAAGGGCGAGCGCAAUAUUCUAAUUACUAGCGCACUGCCAUAUGUUAACAACGUGCCUCAUCUGGGUAACGUUGUCGGCUCUGUACUGAGUGCUGAUGUCUUUUCGAGAUUCCACAAGGCUUCCGGUCGGCAAACACUCUACAUCUGCGGAACCGACGAGUAUGGCACAGCGACCGAGACUAAGGCACUGGAGGAGAAGGUGACCCCGGAGGAGCUGUGCUCCAAGUACAACAAGAUUCACCAGGAGGUUUACGAAUGGUUUAACAUUGGAUUCGACCACUUCGGUCGCACCCCGACUCAGAAACACACCGAGAUCUCCCAGGCGAUCUUCAAGCGGCUCGAGGAGAACGGUUUCCUGGCCGAGCGGACUGCCGAGCAGCCGUUCUGUGAGCAGCACGGUUCUUUCCUUGCGGACCGAUAUGUCGAGGGCGAGUGCCCCCGGUGCCACUAUGAUGAUGCGCGCGGAGAUCAGUGUGAUAAGUGCGGUCAUCUUCUCGAUCCCUUUGAUCUUAUCAAGCCUCGCUGUAAGCUCGACGGAGCCACUCCGGUGCGUCGCGAGACAAAACACAUCCACCUACUGCUCGACAAGUUGCAGCCGGAGGUCGAGAAGUGGGCGAACGAGGCAAUUGAGAAGGGUCAGUGGCCUAAGAACUCGCGGGUCAUUACUGAGUCGUGGUUGAAGGAGGGCUUGAAGGACCGUGGUAUCACUCGCGACUUGAAGUGGGGUGUCCCUGUCCCUCUGGAGGGAUUCGAGAACAAGGUGCUGUACGUGUGGUUUGAGGCUUGUAUCGGAUACCCCUCAAUCACUGCCAACUACACUGAUGACUGGGAGCUUUGGUGGCGCAACCCGGAAGAUGUCCAGUUGUACCAGUUCUUGGGUAAGGACAACGUGCCUUUCCACAGUGUCAUCUUCCCCGCUACCCAGAUCGGUACUCGUGACCCCUGGACUAAGAACCACCACCUGAGCGCCACUGAAUACCUGCAGUACGAGGGCGGCAAGUUCAGCAAGUCCCGAGGAGUCGGUGUCUUCGGUACCAACGCCAGGGAGACUGGUGUGCCCGCCGAUGUGUGGCGUUACUACUUGCUCAAGAACCGCCCGGAAACCGGCGACACCUUCUUCGAGUGGCGCUCAUUUGUCGAUGCCAACAACAGCGAGCUGCUGGCCAAGCUUGGUAAUCUGGUUAACCGAGUCAUCAAGCUCGUCGCCGCCUCUUACGGAUCUGUCGUCCCUGAGUUCACCAUCCCCGAGGACUUCGCUCCUUUCCAGGAGGAGGUUACUACUCACCUGCGCCAGUACAUCGAGGAUAUGGAGACCGUUCACCUCCGCGCUGGUGUCGCUACUGCCAUGCGCAUUGCUGAGGCCGGUAACGGUCUGAUCCAGGCUAACCGUCUUGAUAACGCGCUGAUCGCGAAUGAGCCCGAACGUGCCGCCGCCGUUGUCGGAGCUGUCCUGAACUUGAUUCACCUGCUCUCCGCUGUCUUCUCCCCAUACAUGCCCGCUACCGCCAAGUCGAUUCUCGAGCAAUUGAACUCCCCAGUCCUCUUGAUCCCUACCCUUGACGAACUCAAGGACGGCUGGAAGCCUACCAGCAUCAAGGCCGGCCACAAGAUCGGCAAGGCCCAGUACCUGUUCUCUCGUAUUGACCCCAAGAAGGCCGAAGAGUGGCGCGAGGCUUUCGGUGGUUCCCAGGCUGAUCGCGCUAAGAAGGCCGAGGAGGCUGCUAAGGCCGCUGCCAAGAAGGCCGCUGCUAAGGCCAAGAAGCUCGCUAAGAAGGAGAGCAAGGCUGCUGGUGGUGUCGAGGCCACUGCUAAGGGUGGUGCCGAGGCUCUCGAUGUGACGGCUUCUGGAUCUACCGAUGAGGCUGUGCAAAAGGUUACCGAUGGUGUCGCACAGGUUACUCUCCCCACUUCGUGA